UCUCUCUCUCCACUCUCCACCAUAACUCUCUCUCUCUGUUCUUGCUCUGUUCUUACUCUGUUCUUACUCUGUUCUUGCUCUGUUCUUCUCUCUACUCUGUAUUUUCCCCUUCCUCCUCAAUUCCUCAACCAAUUCCCCAAAUUUCCGUUCUUAAACUUUCAAUCUUUCUUAGACAAGAAUUGGGUCGGUUUCUGUGUUCUUGUAGAUCCCAAUUUGAAGAAAGAGAAAACCCAAUUUUAGUAAGGAUAAAAACAGAGUACUGUAAUUGUUAUUGAGAUGACGAACCAGAAUGUGGUAAUUUCCAACUCGGAAUCCGGCAUCAACAUGUCCAUCACCGUCGCUGUCUCUAACUCCUCCAUUUUCGCCACCACUGCCCAAAAACCCCCACCGGCUCCUGGCGGUUGUGGGGGUGGCGGUGGCUACAUCUCCAUUUCCCGUACAAAGAUUCUCAAAGACCUCGAUGUUAAUGGCGGAUGGAUUGAAUCAAUGAGAGCCUCCUCUCCCACCCAUGUUAAAUCUCUCUCGUCCCUCUCCGCCGCCGGCGACCACCACCAUAACUCUUGGACUCUUCAUCAUCCUUCCGCACUGGACAUGUUCGAUCAGAUAAUUGAGGCUUCCAAAGGGAAACAAAUCGUGAUGUUCUUGGAUUACGAUGGAACUCUUUCUCCAAUUGUUGAGGAUCCCGACAAAGCCUUCAUGUCGGAAGCCAUGAGAAAGACGGUGAAAAAGCUCGCCAGCUGCUUUCCAACCGCCAUCGUGAGUGGCAGAUGCAGAGACAAGGUGUACGGAUUCAUACAACUGUCGGAGCUUUACUACGCCGGCAGCCAUGGCAUGGACAUUAAAGGCCCAACAAAAAGCUCCAAAUCCGAGGUUGUUCUUUUUCAGGAUAAUAAAUCUCUGCUCUUCCAACCAGNUUUUUUUUUUUUUUUUUUUUUUUUUUUUUUUUUUUUUUUUUUUUUAGUUAAAAAAAAAUUAAAUUAUUUAUUUAUUUAUUUAUUUUUACAGGUUUAUCAAAAAUUGGUAGAGAAAAUAAAAUCAACUCCAGGGGCUAAAGUAGAGAACAAUAAAUUCUGUAUCUCAGUGCAUUUUCGCUGUGUUGAUGAAAAGCAAUGGAAUAAUUUAGCACAAGAAGUUAAAUCAGUGGUUAAAGAUUACCCAAAGCUGCGACUAACUCAAGGAAGAAAGGUACUAGAAAUCCGUCCGACCAUCAAGUGGGACAAAGGCAAAGCGCUCGAGUUUUUGUUAGAAGCGCUAGGGUAUGCAAAUUGUUCUGACGUGUUUCCUAUUUACAUUGGAGAUGAUCGGACGGACGAGGAUGCGUUUAAGGUUUUAAGGGAAAGAGAUCAAGGGUUUGGGAUUUUAGUGUCUAAAGUUCCUAAAGACACUCAUGCUUCGUAUUCUUUACGAGAACCUUCCGAGGUUAUGCAAUUUUUACAACGUUUGGUGCAAUGGAAGCGACCGCCUUUGCUAAGGAGACAUUGUAGGGUUUGAAAGGGCAGUCUUGGAGGGAAUGUUUUGUGUUUGAGUGUGGGGAACUCUUAUGUAAUUUGCUUGUUGUGUAGGGGUUAUAUUAGUCCAAAGAAAAAUAGGAGAAGGGGAUGUGGGGAAAACCAGAAAAAUUGUAACUUUUUUUCUUGGCCUUAGUGCCCUUCUUCUACUACACAUAUCUGUAAACUAACUGUGUUUUAAGACCAAAAAAUAUAUAUAUUGUAACGUAGCAAUCUUUGUCUCU